UUUCCUGUCUAUCCUUAAGACUGCUCCUAAUAUUGUUCGCUUCUGCUUUUCGUUAUUUUUUUUCAUUCGUUGUUGUAAAUCAUGGCUGCCACGGGCUCAUUCUCUGCCCCUCCACAAGUACUCACAUUUGAUGGUCUUCUAUCCGACUUUGAUGGCACCAUCGUUGAUUCGACGGAUGCUAUCGUAAAGCACUGGCAUAAAAUCGGUGCUGAACUCGGUGUCGACCCGAAGACAAUUUUGGCUACAUCUCACGGCCGCCGAAGUAUUGAUACUCUACAGCUGUAUGACCCCGCAAAAGCCAACUGGGAAUACGUCAGCUACAUCGAGGGACUCAUCCCCAAAGAGUACGGUUCUGACGCUAUUGAAAUCCCCGGCGCGCGGUCCAUCCUUGCUGCCCUCGAAGAGACCGGCGCAACCUGGGGCGUUGUGACGUCGGGGACGCGCGCGCUCAUUGACGGCUGGCUGGGUGUUCUCAAGCUCACACAUCCAGAUGUCCUCGUUGUUGCGGAGGAUGUAGAACUCGGGAAGCCAGAUCCGCGAUGCUACCUGCUUGGACGAAAGAAAAUGGGUCUAGAACAUUCCUCCUCGAUAGUGGUGCUGGAGGAUGCGCCGUCAGGCAUAAAGGCUGGCAAGGCAGCCGGUUUCACUGUCAUUGCUUUGACCACCACUCACACUUUGGAGCAGCUUCAAGCGGCUGGGGCGGACGUGAUAGUGGAGGAUUUGAGGAGUAUUAGCGUAAAGGGUGUUGUUGACGGGCGUGUUCAGUUGGAGGUUCGGAAUGCCUUCCAAUAG